AUGCGCGAAAGCAAGGCAAAAUGCGAAAUAUUCUUCCCACCUGCAGGAUGUCACGACUUCCCCUGUCCCGACUGUCAUGGCCAAUACGUGCACCCUGAUAUUCAGCGCCUCGGAAAGCAACAGUACGCUGGACAGCUGACAGACGACGAAGCCAAAGCCGAGCUCGAUGAAGUCCUGCAUGGUAUCAAGGAGAUUCGUGAAAGCCUCAAGACGGGCUUGGACCUAUACGGCGAUCUCAUUCUCGCAAAGUGGACCAAGAAGACUGUGGCGAAACGCGUCCUGUCACUCAAAUCAACAACGCUUCUCCGCGAUGUGCCGGAAAAGCUCGAUGCCGCCACUGCUGCAUCGACAGACAAAUUCUUGGCUUUCGAAGGCUACAUUUGGCCCUACGCGAGAUGGCUGAGGAUCAAGUCCUUCUCUGAAGAUCGCAUGCGUCUGCUCACACUGUUGCACCUGAGGACUUCGCUUCCUGCUUCGGAAUUCGCAAUCAUGGAUUCGCGGGAGCUCCGAGUAGUGUUCGCAGCCAAGCCUCGCAAUAUAAAGGUUGAGCUUUUCUACAACAAGCACUGCGUCAGUCUUUUGGGCGAAAAUUACGGGGAUCUGGUCGAGUACGAUUCUGCGCUCUCGCAUUCCUGGGCGAUUGCUGGCUUCCCCAGAGCACUCAUGCUGCUUCGCACUCAGCACAUCAUCAUGAGCUUCCUGGCGGAGAUGAUGCUGGAUCUCAUCCAUGAGAAUGGACUCGAAGGAAACAAGAAAUGGUCGGAAAUGGUCGCAUCGGGCUUCAGGAGAUCCGGCAGUGAGGCUUUGUGGAGCUCCUACACUACGCCAGCCUUUGCACUGCCCAAGCACUUUGAACCAAGAUUACUGCUCGAUAUGGCUCAAAGCAGACUUCGUCUUCUCCUCGACGAGUUUUGGCUCAUGCAGACCGAUGCCGCAUACAUGCAUCUUGUUAUCCGUGUGCGAAAGGCAAGUAUGGCCUUUGACGAGGGUGUCUCACAAGAAGUCCGUUGGACGCAGCUGGCGACCGGUUUCGUGCAAGAGAUGUAUCAGCGUCUCCAAUUUUGGUACAUCAUUGUGCGGGAAUGCCAGGCUGUUUGUCGCGCCUAUGAUGACAACCCUGUGCAGAGAGGUGGUAUCCAGGGCCAUGAGGCGGAGAAGACGAUGUGUGUCAUCAUCGACGAUCUACAAGGUCGAAUGCGCCUGCUGAGCCAUAUGUUGGAUCCGUUGCUACCGACCAUGAGACUAUUGAAAUCGCGCUUCGUGACCUACAGCAAGGGCGAAGAAAACGUCGGCCAUCGCGAGAAGCCUGCAACAGACCCCACUGAUAAUGCAGAGCGCAUGUCCAGAGCGAUCCAGAAGUUUCAGGAGAAUGUGCAAGCGCAGCCUGGGGAAGCCAUCGUGGCCUGGGCGUUUGAUCUGCUCGAGCGAGAAAUCGUUCGCCAGGGUCAGAGCUAUGAUGCCGAUGAGCGACUUUUCGGAUACCUCACCGACAUUGCAACCAUGGACGAGAUGUUGGGAAUGUGCUACCACAACCAACACGGCCACACAAGCCGCAGCAUUCCGACAGACAACACACCCCAGCAGGAGCAGGCAUAUCAAGUCCAGAGAUGGACCAARGGUUCCAUUAAAUGCCGGGAAAAUUGGACGAAGGGCCUAGGACACAUGAUGAAGUCUUUCCACGACUCGCCUUGGCCGAAAGGGCGGAAAGAUGUCGGCUGGUGGGAGAAAGCAAGCCGAUCCCGCGCCAAGCUCGCCAUGUUCUGGCAAUUCUUCCGCGACGAGCUGAAAUUUGGCCAGGAUGCCUCCGAGAUGGAUCCAAAGCGGAGCGCGCUGAAGUUGAUAGUGUUUGACACUGAGCCUGAAUACCUAGCCGAGCUGCAGCGGGAGAAGGAGCUCUGCGAGUCAAAUAGUAGAACUAGCGCGCAGAGAUCUCCUCUCCACCCAGCAGCGGCGAGCCAUAUCCCGCAGACUGUAUGGGGUAGUAGCUCGGAUGAGCAAGGCAUUGUUCGGCACAAGAAGACCAAAGCUAAAGCGCUUCGACAAGCUCCGUUGGAAGUUCAGGACCAAACUGAUGAGAGCAGCACCCCAGCGACAUCGUCAGAAGAUACCGACUCCGCUGAUGACAUGCCGAUUCCAGUCAAACAGGACAGUCUCAGUGUCUUUGGUAAGAUGUAUCCAGUCGAUGGCAUCGCGUCUGGCAGUGUCCGCUGGCAGCAAUUUGCGCAGGCCAUGGUGGAUGCUGGAUGCAUUGCUACGGAGAGCGCUGGUUCUGCUGUCUUGUUCGCAACAGAGAAUGGGAGCAUCUCCGUUCAUAAGAGGCACCCGGACCCGACUGUCGAUCCCAUUAUGCUGCAGGCCAUUGGGAAGAGGGCCAAGAAAUGGCUGGGAUGGCGUGGGGAGCGAUUUGUGCUGAGGGCAAAGGGCGUGUCAAACAAAGAAUGA